CGGCUCCGAAUUAGAAAAGUAGUGCACUAUGUAGGCUGUAGACGUCAGUUAUUCCGCGCAGUACGUAGUGCGCAUGUGCAGGGAGUUGUGAGGCGUUUGGGAUACGGCCGGCUCAGAACCGGAAAUAGCGGUUAGGGCUGUAUCAUGUAGUGUUACAGGGCACGGAAAGUGGAUGUCAGCCGUUGCUAGGUGGAUCUCUGACACUUUUAGCAUCACAAAACAAGAUGAUUUUUAAGAAAUAUGUAGCUUGAGGAAAGACGAGGACGAGAUUUUGACAUCUUCAUCAGCAAGUUGGAAUCUUUAUUUACGUCUUUGGAGCUGUGAUAGAGUGAUGCCGGCUGCCUCGAGCUGCGACUGCCCGCACCUGGAGUGCGUUGGAGAGAUCACUAAAGAGGAGCUAAUCCAAAAGUCUCACGGCCAGUGCCAGGACUGCAGAGUCGGUGGGCCGAACCUCUGGGCCUGUCUGGAAAAUGGCUGUGCUUAUGUCGGAUGCGGAGAGUCCCACGCCGACCACAGUACAGUCCACUCUCAGGAGACGCGGCACAACCUGACAGUGAAUCUGACCACGCUGAGGGUUUGGUGUUACGCCUGUUCCAAGGAAGUCUUCCUGGACAGGAAGCUGGGCCCUGUUACCCCGCCCACUGGCACUGCCAAACCCAUCUCACCUGUCCCGCUGCCUGGCCAGGAUCCCGGAGUUCCAGGCAGCCCCACCGCUCUGAGAGUGCCACCAGCCGGAGUACCCGAGGAUCUGGAUAUGGAGACCGAAGAAGAAGACGAUCUGAGGACUAGAGGUCUGACCGGCCUGAAAAACAUCGGCAACACCUGCUACAUGAACGCAGCACUGCAGGCGCUGUCCAACUGUCCUCCGCUCACUCAGUUCUUCAUAGACUGUGGUGGUCUGGUCCGAACAGACAAGAAGCCGGCACUGUGUAAAAGCUACCAGAAGCUGAUUACAGACCUGUGGCACAAGAACAGGCCUUCCUAUGUCAUCCCAACAAACCUGUUCCAGGGCAUCAAAGCUGUUAAUCCGAUGUUUCGAGGUUACUCCCAACAGGAUUCUCAGGAGUUCCUACGUUGCCUGAUGGACCAGCUGCACGAGGAGCUCAAGGAGCCGAUAGAAGAACCCGAAGACCAGAGUCAGACUGCAGGAACGGACGAAGACGAGCCGAACGAGCCCGCCGAGCCUUACGAAGCUAACGAGGCUAACGAAGCCGAAACGCUCAUCUCAGACGAGGAGAAAGCGAGCCGAGAGCGGCAGAGGGAGAAGAACCUCAUCAACGAGCGGCACCGAGCCGACCUGGACAAGGACGAGGACACGGCGACCAUCGUCAGCAGCCAGGGAGCCAUCAAGCACAGCAAGGCCACGGACACUAAUCCAGAGAUCCAGAUCAGCAGCAGUGGCCGGCCCCAGAGCCCAAGUGCCAGCGAGAACAUCGGGUCCAAACUGUCCAGCAGCCCACCCAAAUCCACCCCCAUGUGGCCAAACCUCAACCCAGCUCACAAGAAAGUGAGCAUGUUUGCGCCCCCGAAGAGCAAGCGGCAGAGGAAAUACCGCAGCGUCAUCUCCGACGUUUUCGACGGCACCAUCGUCAGCUCGGUGCAGUGCCUGACCUGCGACCGGGUAUCAGUGACCCUGGAGAACUUCCAGGACAUUUCCCUGCCCAUUCCCGGGAAAGAGGAUCUAGCCAAGCUUCACUCGGCCACUCAUCAGACGUCGCUGGUGAAGGCGGGUUCGUGCGGCGAGGCUUACGCUCCUCAGGGCUGGAUCGCCUACGUCCUCGAGUACAUCAAGAGCUGGUUCUGGGGCCCGGUGGUCACACUGCAGGACUGUCUGGCCGCCUUCUUCGCUCGAGACGAACUCAAAGGAGACAACAUGUACAGCUGUGAAAAGUGCAAGAAGUUGAGAAAUGGAGUCAAGUUCUGCAAAGUUCAGAGUUUGCCAGAGAUCUUAUGCAUUCACCUGAAGCGCUUCAGGCACGAGCUGAUGUUCUCCACCAAGAUCAACACUCACGUCUCUUUCCCACUGGACGGUCUGGACCUGCAGCCCUUCCUGGCCAAAGACAGCUCGGCCCAGACCACCACCUACGACCUGCUGUCCGUCAUCUGUCACCACGGCACCGCCAGCAGUGGUCACUACGUGGCUUACUGCCGCAACGACCUGAACCAGAUGUGGUACGAGUUUGACGACCAGAGCGUAACCGAAGUCUCCGAGUCCUGUGUUCAGAACGCCGAGGCCUACGUGCUCUUCUACAAGAAGAGCAGCGAGGAGGCGCAGAAAGAGAGGCGGCGAGUGACGGCUUUGUUCAACAUGAUGGAGCCGAGCCUGCUGCAGUUCUACGUCUCGCGCCAGUGGCUCAACAAGUUCCGAACGUUCGCCGAGCCCGGGCCCAUCUCCAACCGCGACUUCCUGUGUGCACACGGAGGCGUGCCGCCCCACAAGGCUGCGUAUAUCGAUGACCUCGUGGUCAUGCUGCCCCAAAACGUCUGGGACCAUCUGUACGGCAGGUAUGGAGGCGGGCCAGCUGUCAACCAUCUGUACGUCUGCCACACCUGCCAGCUGGAGAUUGAGAAGCUGGAGAAACGGCGCAAGAGCGAGCUGGACAUGUUCGUACGGCUGAACAAGGCGUUUCAGGAGGAGGAGGCCCCCGUGGUCAUCUACUGCAUCAGCAUGCAGUGGUUCCGUGAAUGGGAGGCUUUCGUCAAAGGCAAGGACAACGAUCCUCCAGGACCUAUCGACAACUCCAAGAUCGCUGUGAAUAAAAACGGCCACGUCACGCUCAAGCAAGGCGCCGAUUCGGGUCAGAUCUCCGAGGAGACGUGGAACUUCCUGCACUCGAUCCACGGCGGCGGUCCCGUGGUGACGGUGCGACCCAGCGUGAGCCACCAGGAUCCCGACGCCUCUCAGGCUGAGGAGAAGAUCGAGGUGGAGACUCGCAGCUUAUAGAGAAACAGGAAAUCGUUCACUUUUGCACUUGCCUUUCUCUCACACACUCUUCAUUCCCUGCGUGCAUUCCUUACAAGUAAUAAGUUAAUAAACGUUGUGAAUUACGCUUCAUGUUUGUAUAUACGGCAGUUAGUUAGUUAGUUAGUUAGUUAGUUCGUUUAAAUUGGACUGAAAAUCAAAUUUACACGUUUUCUCCCUUCCUCCUGUGUCGUCCUUCGGCCAGGACACAUUUGUCAUCUGACGUUUGCGUAUUUUAGUUUAAAAAUUAGCUACAAAAGCACAUAUCAGACAACAAACAUAUCUUUGGUGAUUGAUGGAAUUUUAGGGAACAGUUUCAUUGUAUAAAUUGAAUUUUUAUUUUAUUUUUUUUUUUGAUGAACUAUCCCUUUAAAACAGCGAUAAAGUGAUAAUUCACACUGCUGGACACGUAUUAAAUAAAAUAAUGCUUAAGUAUCAAUUAGCAGCUGGACGACACCUUUCGGUGCUGCGUAAUGAAUUAAAUUGCUCACUUCCUGUUCCUGUUCCUGUUCCUGUGUGACCAUUAGCAAACUAAUAAAAUGUGACUCUUAUUGCUCCUUUAAAGCCAAUUCUUACAGAUCCUGUCGAGGAUAUGCCUGAUGUUGUAUAUAUAUCUUAUUCAGGUGCAGUCUAAGCUGAAGGAAAAGUGUCUUCGUGAACGACGUGUGCGAUUACGAGGGGAUCAAAAGCACUAAGAACCGUAUUUUCCGGAAUAUGUGUAACCUCAGAGUUUAAGAUGCUUAGAACACAAAUUUGAAUUUAGGUUUUGUCCCUUUAGUGUUGCCGUAACUUAGCGAUUUUACUCCCUCUGUCCUAAUAAAGACGUCGUUAUGCAUCAGCGUUUAAUAACGAAGUCUUGUUCACUUUAGACGUAGAUUUGUUUGACACUAUAAUAAUUCUUAUUAUUGCUAACAUGAUGAUCAGAUUUCCAGCAUUACAAUCGUAGCAUGCUAACAGUAUUAUGGCGUCUUAUAUACAUCCAGUAGCCGCCCGAGUUCACACUAAAGACAAAAGUAUUGGAACGGCAAGGCCGAUUCUUUUGUUUUUGCUAUACACUGAAGACAUUUGGUUUUGAGAUCAAAAGAUAAAUAUGAGAUGAUAGAUCAGAAUUUCAGCUUUCAUUUCCUGAUAUUUACGUCUAGAUGUGUUAAACAACUUAGAACAUGGCACCUUUUGUUUUAACCCACCUGUUUGUUUAAGUUUAUUUGACAGGUGUUUCUUGUUGCUCAGGUGUGUCCUGUUAGAUUGAUUGUUUAAACAAUUAAUAGCUCUGAAUAUCUACUUUCUGGUUUGAGCCCUGGAUUUCACCUGUGAAGACUGCUUUUGUUGUUAAAAAGGAUAAACCAACAUGAAGACCAGAGAGCUGACUAUGGGAGAAAAGCAAGCCAUUUUGAAGCUGAGAAAAUAGAGAAUAUCUAGCUGAGCUAUUCCACAAGCAUUGGGAAUAGCCAAUACAACAAUUUGGAAUGUCCUGAAAAAGAAAGAAAUCACUGGUGGACCAACAACCACGGAAAACAGCAGCAGUUGAUGACAGUUAACGUUGUGAGAACUAUAAAGAAAAACCCCAAAACAACAGUCAGUAGCAUCUCCAACAACCUCCACAGGGCUGGGGUGAUAGUAUCACAAUCCACCGUUUGAAAAAGACUUUGAGAGCAGAAAUAUAGAGGCCGUACCACAAGAUACUGCAAACGUCUCAUCAGCAGUAAGAAUCAGAAAGCCAGAUACAAAUUCACCUUGAAAUACAGAGAUGAUCCAGAAAAGUUCUGGAACCAAGAUUAACCUCUACCAAAGUGAAGGAAAGGCCAAAAUGUGAAGAAAGAAAGGAUCUGCUCAUGAUCCAAAGCAUACGAGCUCAUUGGUCAAGCACGGUGGAGGUAGUGUCAUGGCUUGGGCUUGUAUGGCUGCUUCUGGACCUGGCUCACUAAUCUUUAUUGAUGAUGGAACUCAUGAUGAUAGGAACAGAAUGAAUUCAGAGGUCUACAGAAAUUGGGAGAACUUCAUCAUGCAGCAAGACAACAAGCCAAAACACACUGCUAACACAACAAAGGACUUCAUCAGUGGAAAAAAAUCACCAAACUUCAACCCAAUUGAGCAACAUUUCACCUCCUGUAGAGAAGACCGAAGGGAGAAACCCCUCAAACCAAACAACAGCUGAAAGAAUCUGUAGUACACACCUGGAAAAGCAUCACAAAAGAAGAAUGCAAUGGUUUGAUGUCAGUGGCUCACAGGCUUGAUGCAGUUAUUGCAAGCAAGGAAUAUGCAACUAAAUAUUAAGUGCUAUUUACUUUAUCGGUUCCAAUACUUUUGCUCAUCUAAAAAUCGAGUGCUCUGGCACAAAAGGUGCCAUGUUCUAAGUUGUUUAACACGUCUAGAUGUAAAUAUCAGGAAAUUCUGAUCUAUCAUCUCAUAUUCAUCUUUUGAUCUCAAACCCAAAUGUCUAUGGUGUAUAGCCAAAAAAAAAAAAACAAAACAGAAUUUUCUUUGCUGUUCCGAUACUUUCAGAGGGGACUGUGAGUGUGUGUAUUCGAAACAGGCUGAUGUGGAAGUUAAAACUUAUAUGUCGCUUUGCCAGAAAACAAAACAACCCAUGUGUUUUAUACUCCAGAAAAUAUGGUAAUCUCAGGAAAGCGCUUUUUCCCCCAUUUAGCACCGUCACACAGCGCAUGCUCCAGCCCUGAUGUCCAUAUAUGAAUGUACUCGUAUUUAAAGAGCCCUUCGUAGUCUCUUUAUUUAUUUCAGAAGGUUAUGUGAUCUGCUAGAACAGAAUCCGGAAAGCUAGCUCAGAUCCUGAAAGCAUGCUUGUAGGAAAGCCGAAGCUCUUCUCGAUCGCAUGUAGACGCUCAAGAAAAAAAAAAAAAAGUCUUGAAAUGUGUAUGUAAAAAUGCAAAAAUGAAAUAUAGAUCAUGUUCAACAAUUUUUGUAUAUAAUAUGAUUUUUUUUUUUAUUUUUAUUUUCACUGAAUGCUGUAUCUGUGCUUUGGAGAAAUGUAUAAAUGUCAGUUUUGAUUUUGGUUGGCUGAAAUUAAACGCAAAAUAUGCUGUGAAAAAAAAAA